AUUUUAUAUUGAGUUAUAUGUGUGUUGUAAUACUAUUCUUUUGUAACUAUGUCACUUCCGAACACAAAAUCUGAAUCAGCUGCUAACAAUAUUAAAAGUUCAGAAGACGAUGUUCUACAGUCCGAAGAUCCAGUUUUAACUAAUUUAAAAUAUGCACAAUCUGCCAAAGUUCUAGAAAGCUCAGAUGAUGAAGUUUUACAAUCUCUAGGAGCAGUUGCAUUAAGGCGUUUAGAGGAUCUAAAAAACUUCAACAGUGGAACUUCAAGUAUGCAGCCAUCAAAAAAUAUUUUGUUUGCUCAAAACACAGAUAAAUAUACAAAUAUCGUUUCAGCAACCACUUCCAAUUCAUCUUCUACGAAUGCCAAAGCGAAUAUUCAACUGACGAAGAACCAAACCGUUACAUCGACAAAAGAACCACCGUCACUGACAGACUUAUUAAAGGAACUUAAACACAGUGUCAAAGCUCUGGUAAGAAAGACGAGAAGAUUGACAGUAUCUUCAUUCGACGAAGAGUGGGAUUUCUAUGAAAUUGUCGGUGAAAUUAAAAUAGAUCCACUUGAGACGAUUUCAGAAGAAAAUAAUCAGUGGGAAGAUACAGCUUCCAGGGUGCUUGAUCCGAUUACUUUGGCACAUUGGUUAGUUAUACACGAUGAUCUAACUAAAGCAGAGUUAGGAGGCCAGUGGCUGCUGUCAGCUUAUUAUCCUUUCAAGAAAAAGCCUGCUUUUCUAGAGCUUGAUAGUUACAGUUUUGAGGAAAUAAGGUUUCUGUUUUACGAAGGAAAACAAAAAGGAGAGCUUGAAGAGCACAAACAGAGAAUCAAAUCUAUACUUGAACGAGCUAAAAUGAAGAUCGAGGCAUUUAAAAAUCGCGAACCGGAGGUUAUGAGUAUUUUGAAAAAUAUAUGCAAUAAAAAUAUAAGUAUUUAUACCGACAAUGAGUUUGCAUCAGAUACAAAAAAUUCCUUCGAAAACAAGUGCAGUUCACUAAAAGAGUUAUACUAUCCUCAAACAUAUUUGGCGUUUAUGACUUCACACCAAUUUGACUCCCAUUAUAAUUCAAUAGGCCGUCACAACCGGAUGUCUUAAACCCGCUCACCGAUACCUACCUGAAAAGACCUUUUCUGGUAAAAGCACAGGGCAGGACUGAGUUUUGCAUUUACCGACAACUGCGCCUUUCGAGUUUUUUAUUUUAAGUAAAAACAAAGUAACUUUGUUUUUACUUAAAAUAAGUCAUAAACGCCAAAUCAUUUUUUAUUACAGCACAACUAUUUACUUAUUAACUACUAGUGCUUAUUUAUUGAUCGAAAUAGUCACUGUCAUCAUCACUCGACUCUUCUAAAUUAAUAAUUAACGGUGUUAUCAACCGUGCCCUGUACUGGUCUUCUUCUUUUGUGGAAUGUCGUACACAAUUGGCCCACAUUUCGGCAGUUAUUUUGGAAGCUUCUUCCCUAAUUAUGUCAAUUGUUGCACUACUAAAUUUUGGUGCCGUAUUAUUCCUUCUUAUAUUAUUUUUCAUUUGCGACCAGAUUAGUUCGAUGGGGUUAAAUAUACAAUGGUACGGCGGAAGUCUAAUCACCCUAUAAAUCCACGAUCUCGCGCCAUAGCAUCUAUUUUAUAUUGUUUCUCAAAUUUUCGAGUGUGUAACACUUCUAAUAAUUGUGUCUUUGUGUAAUUUUCUUCAAAGUAUAAAUCAUGUUCUGUAGGGAAAUUUUGAAAUUUGAAAAUUUUAAUAAACAAAAUUACUCUGAGUCCGGUCCUUCGCGUCUCGACCGUCCCUGGCACGUCGAAAAGGUCUUUUCAGGUAGGUAUCGGUGAGCGGGUUUAAGACAUCAGGUUGUGACGGCCUAUUGAAUUAUAAUGGGAGUCAAAUUGGUGUGAAGUCAUAAACGCCAAAUAUGUUUGAGGAUAGUAUACUGAAAGCAGUAUCGGAGCUUGAAGUAGAAGUGAAUGAAACGGCCUAAGAUGGUUAAAUCAACACAACUCCACAGUUUUUAAGUCAAAUUAUAAUUUUUUUGUAAUAC